UGAAGAGAGGGAUGCAGGCUGCUGUAUGCUGCUCUUCUAGCUCACACUAAGAUGGGACUGCAUGUGAUGAUUUGGGGAGUGGCUGCAGUUUCUCACUAGGGAUCCUGAAGGAGGAUAGUCUAAUGUACCUCGAGCUGUUAGCUUCUGUGGCUCUAUCAUGCCACUAUGCCAGCCAUGAACAGGCCAGGGCUUCUCACUAAAGCAGGCCUGAGGAGACUUCUAACAGCAGAAGAGGUAUGGAGUCUUGGGAGGAAGAGAAGUUUGGGAGAGCAUACUAUACCAACAGAGCAAGAGAUCUUACAGACAAAAGGGUCCAAAGAUGCAAGUGACUUAAAAUGCUUCUCAACAUAUAGCCAUCGAAGCAUGCCAUGCCAUAACACAAGCACUGAGAGAAAAGUUAAAAGAGAGGAUGGAAAACCUCCACAUAAGCAAGAAUCAGUCAUGGCAAACUCUAAAGCUCAUGGUUACGAGCCCAAGCCCGUGAAAAAGGUCAAGAGCCCUUUGCAUAAAAUUGAUGCUCAUUCAAAGGUGAGCCCAACACAAAGCACUGAAAUACACUCAGGAGAAAAGGUCCAUCGGACUCUACAGGAUGUGCAUCACUUCACAUCGGAACACAAGCAGCCUAGUUGUGGAACAGCUGGCAAUCCCUCCAUUGUUUCCUGUUUGUCUUCCGACAUAGAUGAAGACCUACCCUAUGAUUAUGAAGACAUUUAUCCAAAACCUCAAGAACAAACAGAACCAAGAUAUCAAGAGACAUUAAAGCCACAUUCUUCUUCAUUUGAAAUGACUGUUGACUGCAGUGCGGUAAUAACGGACAAUCUAACUCUUAAUGUGCAGAACAGCCACGAGUCACAAAAUAUGGUAUUUAACAAUAACCAUGAAAUUUGUGAUGUGUCCAGGAAAUCAAACAUAGCUUAUACUUACACAUAUGAGACUGAUUUAGUCUCACACAUCUCUGAAAGUCUGAAGUGGCAGAAUAUGAAAGAUUUACUCAUAGAUAAACCACUUGUUACAAAUUCAGUCCAUGCUGUAAGUAGUGAUAUAAAAAGAACUGACAGCCCAUCCUGUGAUGAUAGCCUUUCUGAGGCAGAAGAUAAAUCCGAACCAUUUUCCCUCCAGAGUGAAGGACUGGUCUGGUCUGAAGAAGAGAAGGAUGUUCACAGUGAAGAUAAAUCUGAAGCAGGAAUCUUUUCUUUAGUGUAUGCUGAGAAGUUUACUGUCAUCCCAGAAUCGCCUCCAUACUACAAUGACUGCAACACUAACUGCUAUGAAGUGGAUCCCUAUGAUCUGUUUCCUAAUGAAAAACUACUAACAGCAGAGUCAAACCUGUCAGAGAUCCUGUCUCCUGUAGAUGAGGUUUUGUCAUAUGGAAGUGCUGAGCUUCCUCCAUCACUUAAAUCCGGACCUGGACCGGGACUAGACAUCAACAUUUUACCGCCUCCUCUACCUGCAUUUGAGAUCAUCACAUGGACUAGUGAGGAGGAUCUUCCAGCUGCACCCGACUUUCUUGAAGACAUUUCUAUUAACAGUGAGAACAUACCUCCUCUUCCUGUAGACUUGUCUUGUAGGAGAGAUGCAGAGAGGCCAGAUGAGACCAAUGUUAAUAAUGAUGAUAACACUGCAGGUUUGUGUCAAAUGUUUUCUACUGCAGAACAGGAUCAGCAAGACGAGGGCUCUGAAUACACUACCUCUCUUCACGGUGACAACAGUAAUGAAGAUCAGGAUCCUUUGUCCUCCUUUAAUAUUGGAGACAGGGUUCUUGUCUACAAUUCAAGACAAGGAGUUCUCAAAUAUAAGGGAUACACUGCUUUCGCUGAUGGCUUCUGGGCUGGCGUUGCUCUUGAUACGCCCAACGGAAACCACAAUGGAACAUUCAGAGGUGUCAAGUAUUUUACAUGUAAUAAGAGCUGCGGGGUUCUGGUUAGAGCUGAGGACAUUUCUCAUUUGCAUAUAGAGCAUUGUAACAAUGCAAAUACAGGCAUUGAUAAAGAUCAAUUCUCAGAUGAGGAUCCCCCCAGUAAUAACCAAGAUGGGGAAAAUGGAAAUAAACCCAUUAAGACAAGGCAAAGAAGACAAAGUGGCAGGCAUUGCUCUCCUGGACAUGAUUCAUCAGCAUCAGAACAGACAUUACAACAGGAGGCAUGUGAAAAAUGUGAAGGCACAGACAAUAGUGUAACAACUUUUUCAACAUCCAGUGAAAAAAAAUCUAUUGCACAACAAAUUGAUUGUACAAGCCACCUGGAUCCGGAAUCUGAGGCUCUGAUUGAAAGGUUGACUGAGGAGAUAUUUGCCGAUGCUUUAAAGAAUAUACAGGGAACAGGACCAAAAUCUGAUGGUAAACCAAAAGCAAUCAAUUUUAAGAACAAAGAAGUUGGCGAUGUGAUUAACAAACCGCGUCUCAUGGACAAGUGGCAGCAGGUGUAUCCAGCAUCUCCACCACAAAUACGGGUCAAGCCUCAUGAACACAGCAUUGUGUACAGACUGGUUGAUUGCACAGUUGAGACACUCUGUGGCCAGGAAAAUGAAAGUGCACUCAAUGCUUGUGAGACGCCAAACUAUUUAGUAGAUGAUGAAAGCCGCAAAACCUACAGGCAGGUCCUUUUCCAGUUAGUGUCAGAUAUUCUGCACAAGAUUUGUGGUGAUAUACUGGAAAUGAGCGGAUCUUUUCAGAAAACAGUGGAUAAAUCAAAAAUCUCACUUCUACAGACAAGACAAAUUUCAGUCAAACUUUUAAAGAAUGCAGUGAAAAGGGAAACACAGAAAGUGCUUAAUUUAGAACAAACUGAUCAAGAAAUGACAGAGAUGCUGCAAACCCUGUGCAAAUACUGGUAUGCUAAGAGGGACAGAGUGGACUACAUACUGAUUCAGGAGCUUCACAAUGAGGAGAAGGAGUGGGUGGAUUACACUAAUGACCAAAUCACUGUGAAAAUGCGACUGGCCGAUGAGAUUUUCAGCCUGCUUCUGGAUGACACUAUAUCAGUUCUUAACCACAUAUAUACAGCAGACAAUCCUGAUACAAUGGAAAAAUAGUAUAAAUUUGACAUACUUAUCAUGUCUUUUGGAAAGUUACUCAAACUUUGACACAUUUUCGAUUCAGGUAAACUCUGUACAAUUUUACAAUAGAAAAUAAAAUG